CGAAUGCAAAAACAAAAUAUUUAAAAUUUAAUCGGACGAUCACAACCGCAAUACUAAUAAAAUUAGUCGUUUACAGUAGGAAACUGUUGAUAGCGGGGACCACACGCCGGGAUCUCAAAACAAUCUUAACGAUUACGCAACACAUUAUUUAGAAUAAACAUGAACUUUGCUGGCAAGGUAGUUUUGAUAACAGGCGCUAGUUCUGGCAUAGGAGCAGCAGCUGCCGUUAAAUUUGCCAAACUGGGUGCCAUACUUACGCUAAACGGACGCAAUGUUGAGAAUUUGGAAAAAGUGGCCAAGCAGUGUGAAGAAGUGGGUAAACAAAAGCCCCAGCUGGUAGUGGGCGAUAUUUCUAAAGAGGCCGACACAGCAAAAUUGUGGAAAGAAACUCUAAAGCAUCAAAAUAAAUUGGAUGUUUUGGUUAAUAAUGCUGGCAUUAUAGAGACUGGCAGCAUUGAGACAACUAAUCUAGAACAAUAUGACCGUGUUAUGAAUACGAAUCUUCGUUCCAUGUACCAUUUAACCAUGUUGGCUACACCGGAACUUGUAAAAUCAAAUGGCAAUAUUGUAAAUGUAUCGAGUGUUAAUGGUAUUCGUUCCUUCCCUGGUGUCUUGGCUUAUAACAUUUCUAAAAUGGGUGUAGAUCAGUUUACUCGUUGUGUAGCAUUGGAAUUGGCUGCCAAGGGUGUGCGUGCUAAUUGUGUUAAUCCUGGUGUCACCGUUACUAAUCUACACAAACGUGGUGGUAUGGAUGCUGAGACUUAUGCCAAAUUUUUGGAGCACUCAAAAAAUACUCAUGCUUUGGGUCGCCCUGGCACUGCUGAUGAAGUAGCGAAUGCCAUUUGUUUCCUGGCCAGUGAUUUGGCCACAUUUAGUACCGGUGUCAGUUUGCCUGUUGAUGGCGGACGUCACGCCAUGUGUCCCAGAUAAGAAAAUGUUUGAAGAAUUUACUUACCGAUGUCAUUAUUUGCAUUUAUUUUUCUAAGAUCUUUAAGUUGUAUUGUAACGAAAUAUAAAGUUGUUUUGUGAAAGAAA